AUGAUCGCUGUCGAGGCGACCAAGUCCAGAACUUGCUGCUGCUACGACUUCUAUUGGCCUUGACAAGUCAAUUGGCGGAUGCGACCGGAUCCCACAAUGUCCACGGCAUCCUGACGAGGCGGCGUCCAAAACGCCGACCGAACCCUCCUCCAUCGCCAUCGAUCCCGAGCCUUGAUUACUUGUGGCGGUGCACCCGGGACACGGGCGAACAACAGAUAGAGGGGUGCGUGGAGCUUCGACUUUGGUGUACCGACGACGCUAAACUUUUUCAGCGAACGACAGCGGGUGACCUGCGGGAUUUGGCUUCGUUUGCCGGCAGCGCCGGCCCUGGUGACACGCUUGAUGAGACUGACGACAACACGAACGAAGAAGUUGACUUUGACAUGAGGGAUCAUUCAAGCGACAAUUUGAGUCAUCACUCUAUCGACGCGACAGACAACGGUGCAUUUAGGCUUAAGGAGUGGGACUUCAAUGCGGAAGACGAUGGCAUUGAUGACGAAACUUGGUGCCGUGACCCGUGGGUGCGUGGAGCGGUAGCCAGGCCGCGAGCCUCAGGUAUCACCUACCUGUUCCUGUGGCUAUGGCGCACGGCCAGAAAUUCGAUAGGUACCGAGACAUGAUUCGUCAACAUCGUAUGCAGUGCCCAACUAGCAGAACAGUCCUAUCGCAGAAAUGUUCUCAAGUGGAAUCUGAUGAUGACCACGACUCAGUCCAAUGA